GCGUCAUCACUAAGCGCCGAAAAAACUUCCGGCAUUCGCAGUGCCUCGCGGUCAAGUUUUUUGGGCGAUCUGACCGGGGUACUUAAGACUUGUAUGCGUGACCAGUGUCUGUCGCCUCAGAUGGCGAGGGACCUGAUCGGGCCAGCGCUACCGCCUGGCUUCAAGAACCGCGAGACAGCAGAGGAAGAGGAGCGGGACCCGAGCCCGGUUGCAGGACCUGCUCUGCCCCCUAAUUAUAAAAGUAGUAGUUCAGAUUCAUCAGACAGUGAUGAAGACAGUAGUUCUUCAUCUGAAGAAGAAAAUCAAGAGUCUGGAGAAGAUGACACGAGCCCACCUGCAAGAAAACAGAAGAGAAAUCAGGAUGAUGGUGAUGAUGAUGAUGGGUUUUUUGGACCUGCCCUUCCUCCUGGAUUUAAAAAACAGGAUGAUUCUCCUCCAAGGCCUAUGAUAGGUCCUGCAUUGCCUCCUGGUUUCAUUAAAUCUACACAGAAAAAUGAGAAAGGUGGAGAUGAUCCAGGACAAGUAUCAUCAUACUUCAACUCUCAGGAGGAAACAGAUAGCAGUGAAGAUGAACACAUUGUUGGACCAAUGCCUGCCAGGGGACCAGUGGACUAUAGUGUAACAACAGAGUUUGAAAAAAGGGCUCAGAGAAUGAAAGAAAAACUAACUAAGGGAGAUGACGAUUCAUCUAAACCAAUUACAAGAGAAUCAUGGAUGACUGAGCUUCCUCCAGAAAUGAAAGACUUUGGUCUUGGGCCAAGAACCUUUAAAAGAAGAGCUGAUGACAAAUCCGGAGAUCGAUCAGUCUGGACAGAUACUCCAGCUGACAGGGAAAGGAAAGCUAAGGAAACCCAAGAAGCCAGGAAGUCGUUUGAUAAGAAGGAUGAGGAAUAUGUAUUUUCAGGAAGAGAUAAGAGGUUGGCUGAGCAGGUAUCCUUAUACAAUGAAUCAAAAAGAUCAGAAUCUCUUAUGGACAUUCAUCAUAAAAAAUUAAAGAGUAAGGCCACUGAAGAUAAAAAUAAGCCUCAAGAGAGAAUACCAUUUGACCGUGAUAAGGAUCUCAAAGUUAAUAGAUUUGAUGAUGCUCAGAAAAAAGCCCUAAUAAAGAAAUCUAGAGAACUGAACACCAGAUUUUCACAUGGCAAAGGGAAUAUGUUUUUAUAAGUAAGUUUGUCUGUAGUGUAUAUUUUCAUACUCAUCAGUUUGAACCUUUCUGAAUACACUUGUCUAUAAUGAUUAUGUACUAAAAAUACUUGUUUUUAUAAUAAAGUAAAUUAUAAGCCUC